ACUUCUGCUACCAGGUGGUGGCGGUAUACGCACAACCACACCUGUAAAAUGAGGAAGAAGAAGACGGGGCUCUCACUAAAAACUACACUGGCGCAUAUCGUCUAAAGGCCUUCCUUCGAAGCCAUGACCAGGUGGGCGAGAGCCAACAACGUCCACAAACACAAACCAGCCGAGGCGACUCCCUGGAAUCAGCUCAGAUCAGCCGGAAGAAGAAAAGAUGGAGGUGUGCCUGCUGGGACGUCACGGCCGGAUCAGACGGACCCUCUGAGAAAGACCCGUGCCGCCGCCGAGAGAAAGCCCAACCGCAAGAAGAAAGAGUACACCAGCGAGGACGUAAACGGGUUCCUGGAUUACCUGAAGCAGAGCGGUCAGGACGGAGGCAGGGAGACGGAGGCGGAGCUCAAGGAGACGGUGGAGGUGGCCCUGAAGAAGGACAGGAGGAGGGAGGACAGGAGGGUGAAGAGGCAGAAGGACAAGAAGAGUAAGAUGGUGAGCUCUGCUGAAGCUGAACCAAUCAGUGGCCUGCAAAUGUUGGCGUACUCACUUCUUGUCGCUUUACAAACUUUGCUUGGAUUUUAUUCAGGUGAAUACCCGUAUGCUAAAUGCUUCAUCUGUGGUCAGACUGGACACCUGUCACGCUCCUGCCCUGACAAUCCCAAAGGGCUCUAUGCUCAAGGCGGCUGCUGUCGUGUUUGUGGUUCUGUGGAACAUUUCCAGAAGGAUUGUCCGGAGCAUCAGGCAGCAACUAACUCGGUGACUCUGGGCUGGUUGUCCAACAACAUGAGCGCAGACCUGGAGGACGUUCACGUUCCAGUGAAGAAAGCCAAACCCAAGCAGGCCAAAGUGAUCACCUUCUGACGGGACCUGAGAGGACGUCUGAACCUUCACCUGGUGGACUCUUUGGAACCGGACUGAUGGGUCAAAAUGUGACACACAAUCACUGAAGUUUUGUUUCAAAUGUUUCCUGUGGCGUUGGCUCAUCCAGUCUGCUGGAGGUGAAUCAUCACUGAAUGUGUGAAUACUGGCUGACGUUUCGCCACAUAACAACUCAGGAAAGCCAGACUGUCCGACCUGAGCUGUGUACCGCUGGUGUUCAUGUGUGUUUGCAGAACGUAUUAAUUAUGUUUGUCUGUUUUACUUCAGACAUCAACUGUACAGCACUUCUAAUACUGACGGAAUAAAACUAGGGCUGUAACGUACAGUUAUAUUAGUAAUCGAUUAAUCUAUCAAUUAUUCUGACGAUUACUCAGAAAAAAAAAACUGGCAUAUUUUACAGUUUUUUCCUUUAACCACUGAAGCCUCUUGUAUGCAAUACAUUAAAAGAAAAACAUUAAAAUGGAUUCAAAACCUUU